ACCGAACCGAUCGCGAACCAGAUGCCCCAAGUGACUCGCCUCAAAUGCCCAAAGGGUGGCACUCUCUCGAGUGCUCAAGAUUCGCGUGGAGAUUCGGCUACAAAUUCAAACAAAGAAAUCGGAGAGUGACGAAGGCAAGGGCAAGGGCAAGGGCAGGGGCUGGGGCUGGGGUUCUUAGCGUAGAUUAAAAUAUCUCGAAACUGAAGGACCAGUGGAUCUUGUAAUAAUGAAUCUAUGUCGAAGAUCUGUGUGGAAUCGUUACUGAGGAAUGUGAAUGAUAUAAUAGAACGAUUUAGUUAUCGAAGCAUUAAUCGACGUGGCAGCACGCUGUUUCCCGCCAGAAGCGUUGCCACCUGGCAUCUAGGGCGCGGAUUGGGAUGCCACUUUCCAAGCACCCCAUGCACCCCAUGCAUGGCCAGGAAAGAACCUUGAACUUGGGCGACACACGCGCCCGACACACACCCAGCGAUCCAGCCAGCGAAAUGCCGGCACGUUUCGCUAUUCUUAGCCUUAACCGCCGCCGUUUAGGCUUUUUAGACGGAGUUCGGGUUUAUUUGCUCUAGAGACAAAUGGUUUUUGAUCCAUUUUUAUAAAGUUGCUGUGUAAACGGCACUGAAAUUAUACGUGGACCCCCAUGCUGGACGGUGGAAGGCGCCUAUAAAAGCGCAAGCCUGCCCCAAGAAAGGCAUCAGUUUGUGGCUUAACAUCUUCGGAAGAAGUUCAUCCAAUUCACGAAAGAGUUACCGACAUGAAGACCACCGUUGCAUGCGCCAUUGCGAGCAUCCUGCUCAUCAGCUUGGCCGAUCUGGCCACUGGAUUGGCGUGUGGAUGCACGGAACCAACAACAACACCCGAGCCAUGCACAGAAACAACAACAACACCAGAGCCAUGCACAACAACACCAAAGCCAUGCACAGAAACAACAACAACACCAAAGCCGUGCACGACAACACCAAAGCCAUGCACAGAAACAACAACAACACCAGAGCCAUGCACAGAAACAACAACAACACCAGAGCCAUGCACAGAAACAACAACAACACCAGAGCCAUGCACAGAAACAACAACACCAGAGCCAUGCACAACAACUCCCAAGCCAACAACGCCCAAGCCAACAACUCCCAAGCCAACAACUCCCAAGCCAACAACUCCCAAGCCAACAACGCCCAAGCCAACAACUCCCAAGCCAACAACUCCCAAGCCAACAACUCCCAAGCCAACAACGCCCAAGCCAACAACAACUCGCAAGCCAACAACAACUCGCAAGCCAACAACCACAAAGCGUACUACGAAAGCCACCAGGCCUACGACAACAACCACUCGCAGGACUACAGAAGCCACCAAGCCGACAACAACCACCAAGAAGCCACCGCAUUCAUGCUGCUCCUGCGGACCCGGUGGCAACGCCUGCGCGGGCUGCCCGCCCAGGGAGUACCUCUGCCAGGAGCUGAUCAACUCUGCGCGCAACCUCGAGCAAAGGAUCCGCCAGUGCGUGUGCGGACAGGCCAGCUGGCUGCUUUAAGAGCAGUCCCUGUUCCUGGUCCCGCUCCUGAUCCGAUCUCAUGACACAGCCCCUUGGACUACGAUUUCCACGUUUCUUAUAAGGUACUGUUGGCCACCAUUU